AUGGAAUUAUCCACACAGCCGUCGCCGACCACGGCCAAGAAGCUCGGCCUCGAGUCGGGCCAGGCCCUCAUGGCCGAGGGCCCGCAGGUGCUGCACCAGUACGUCGCCACCAAGAUCGGGGCCGCCAUGGGCCGCGCCAUGCCGCAGAUGGACGUGCGCUUCAACAACCUCUCGGUCACCGCCGACAUCGUCGUCGUGGACGACUCGGGCGCCAAGCACGAGCUGCCGACCAUCCCCAACACCAUGAAGAAGGCGUUCGUGGGCCCCAAGAAGCGCAUCGUGCGCAAGGAGAUCCUCAAGAACGUGAGCGGCAUGUUCGCGCCCGGCAGGAUCACGCUGCUGCUGGGCCAGCCCGGCUCCGGCAAGUCGUCGCUGCUCAAGAUGCUCAGCGGCCGCUUCCCCAUUGAGAAGAACAUCACGGUGGAGGGCGACAUCACCUUCAACAACGUGCAGCGCGAGCAGAUCGUCAAGCGCCUGCCGCAGUUCGUGGCCUACGUGAACCAGCGCGACAAGCACUUCCCCAUGCUGACCGUCAAGGAGACGCUCGAGUUCGCGCACAAGUUCUGCGGCGGCGAGCUGUCGAAGCGCGGCGAGGAGAUGCUGUCCAAGGGCUCUCCGCAGGAGAACCUGGAGGCUCUCGAGGCGGCCAAGGCCGUGUUCGCGCACUACCCGGACAUCAUCAUCCAGCAGCUCGGACUCCAGAACUGCCAGAACACCAUCGUGGGCGACGCCAUGACCCGCGGUGUGUCCGGCGGUGAGCGCAAGCGCGUGACCACCGGCGAGAUGGAGUUCGGCACCAAGUACGUGACGCUCAUGGACGAGAUCAGUACGGGUCUUGACUCUGCGGCCACGUACGAUAUCAUCAACACGCAGCGCAGCGUGGCGCACACGCUCCGCAAGACGGUGGUGGUCGCGCUGCUGCAGCCGUCGCCCGAGGUGUUCGCGCUGUUCGACGACGUGAUGAUCCUGAACGAGGGCCAGGUGAUGUACCAUGGCCCGUGCAGUCGCGUGGAGAACUACUUCGAGAGCCUGGGUUUCUCGUGCCCGCCCGAGCGCGACAUCGCUGACUACCUGCUGGACCUGGGCACGAACGAGCAGUACCGCUACCAGGUGCAGAGCUACCACACGAAGCAGCCCCGCGGCGCCGGCGAGUUCGCCGAGUCCUUCCGACGAUCGAACAUCCACCGCGAGAUGCUCAACCAGCUCGAGGCCCCGCACGAAGCAGACUUGCUGCGCAACGUGGCCGAGGUCAUGGAGCCGACGCCCGCGUUCCACCAGUCGUUCGUGGAGAGCACGCUGACGCUGCUCAAGCGCCAGCUCAUGGUGACGUACCGCAACAAGCCCUUCAUCUUCGGCCGCCUCCUGAUGAUCCUCAUCAUGGGCCUGCUGUUCUGCACGGUCUUCUACGACUUCGACCCGACGCAGGUGUCGGUGGUCAUGGGUGUCAUCUUCUCCACGGUCAUGUUCCUGUCCAUGGGCCAGUCGUCGCAGAUCCCGACGUACAUGGCGGAGCGUGAGAUCUUCUACAAGCAGCGCGGCGCCAACUUCUUCCGCACCACGUCGUACGUGCUGGCCACGUCGGCGAGCCAGAUCCCGUUGGCCGUCGUCGAGACGCUCAUCUUCGGCUCGCUCGUGUACUGGAUC